AUGUCGCAUCAUCCCGCUUCGUUCCAGUCGCAGCUGCCUUUUCCAGCAUCUGAGUCCAAAACGAUGCAGACGAUCUUCACCCAGUACCUCGAUGCAGAGCUCUCGCCUAGAGACGGCCGUCGUCUGACCAAAGCGCAGUCAGUAUCCCACCCAACGGUGGAGGAGAUCGCGGCAGCAUUACGCGAGCUCGGAUUCAAAAAAAUUACUAUCCUGCCGAGGAAAUCACUUCCCCGCUCACAGGGGUCGAUCAAGUUCACGAUGGUGCCCUACGGCGCCGUGAAGGUACAGAUUAAAGAGCCUGAAGUAGAGCAUUACAUUAAAAAGAGCGAAUUUGAUUCGCAAACGCGAAAUCCUGUCGUUCCGGGGUUGGAAUCGAAGCACGAGGUGCUCAAACGAGUCGCCGCGCUCAUCAAGGAGAAGGGGUGGGCAAGGCCAGUGCUACCAACGCUUGCGGAAAUUCUCGCAAGCGCUACGGUUAAUCAGCCAAAGACGAAGAAGUAG